AUGCUAGAACUUCCGAUUGAGCCCUCGGGCAUCUUUUGGCAAGACAAUUUCAUCACACCAGAGCAUGAGCGGGAACUCAUCAACAUGUUUCGCAACAAACUAGAAUGGCCAGACCGCACCGGCAGAAUAUCACUUCACUUUGGUUACACGUUUGACUACAAGACCUUUGGUGUGGACCCCGAUAUUCCUUUCAAGCCAUUUCCAGAAUGGCUUCAGCCACUCAUCCCUACCAGAGAGGGACGACCUCCGGAGCAAGUAUGCUUACAAUAUUACCCGCCCGGAUCUGGGAUUCCGCCCCAUGUAGAUACGCACUCUGCAUAUGAUCAGCUUUACGCUUUAUCUCUCGGCUCACCCGUCAUAAUGCAGUUCCAGAAGGGUGAGCAGCGAGUCGACGUCGACUUGACGCCGCGCAGUAUGAUGCAGAUGUCAGGAGAUUCUAGACUGCACUGGACGCAUGGAAUCAGAAAGCGAAAGACGGAUAAGUUACUGGACGGCACAGUGAGGAAACGCGAUGACCGGUGGAGUAUCACGUAUCGAUGGUUGAGAGAGGGCGGAGAGUGUGACUGCGGAAACGAGCAGCUGUGCUGUACGGCUCAGAAAAGACUUGGCGUCGAAAAGGGAUAUCGCUGGAAACAACAGCAGGUGGAAGCGAACGAUUCCGGCACGUUUCAGAAACCGGAGGUAUAG